UCGCGAGUUUAGAGGUCAGAGUGAAGAAUUGCUGCGCAGGAUUUACGGAAAUACAAUCAUGCAACAAAGUUUUUCAAUUAGUUCCGCUCGUAACUGAAUUUAUUUAAUCUCUGUUAUAAAAACAUGAGCUCAAAGGAUACGAACCCAUCGCAGGAGGCGUUGAUCAGUUUAAUCUAUCGCCAUUUAAAAGACAACGGUUACAAGAAAGCUGCCAACGUGCUGCGAAAGCACGCGCCCCAGGUGAAAAAUAAAGAAGUGAAAGCGUCUUUGAGUGAAAUCUUUAAGAAGUGGGCAAGUGAGGACGCAGGCGAACAUCUGACAGGUGAUGUGGAAAGUGAUGCAUCAGAAAGCUCAGAUAUUUCUCCCUGGCCUCCUGAUGUUCAGACUCCUGAGCUGAGUCCUGCAUGGAGUCGGAAGAAACCUGUCAGUACGAAUAUCAGGAAAACGUCUGGAUCAAAGAAACGGACAAAAAAAGAAACUGUGACGAAAUCAAAGAAAGCUGAAAAGUUGGGCUUAGAAAAUGGAGGUCUGAAUAUCCUCACCGCUGCUGUUUCUGACUCUCCAGAGAGCGGUUCCGAAUCUGACUCCAGUUUAGAUGUGGAGAAAUGGAGAAAACUUGUUUCACAGCUUUCAGAUGCUGAUAUAGCAAAGAUGGAGGUCCUCUCAAACUUUAUCGAGUCUCCUGUGUCUUCACCCGAAGCGUCCGCAGAAAAGCGAGGAAAGACGAAGCAGAUAAACCCGGCAAAGAAUGAAAAGUCUCGGACAACAGCAAAGAAAACUACAUCUAAAACUGAUGACAUUUCUGUAAAGACUGACACAACUAAGACCAGUUCCAAAAAGUCUAAAGACAAAGCCACUGCUUCCCUCUCUACAGGUCCUAAGGCGCCAUCCAAGACAGCUGGAGAUAAAACUUCAAAGAGCCCAAAAAGAACUAAAGCUAAACAAAGCAUGUCAGAGAAAGCUGAAACGCAUGAACCAGCAGUAAAUCAAGAAACUAACGGACUCCUGGAAACUGACAAGGUGUCCACGCCAUCUGAAGGGACUAAAGCGGAUUCUCAAAACAAAUCUACUAAAAAUGCUGCAGGUAAGUCAAACGGUCUCUCCGAGCAGAUUAAGAUCCCUGGAAAAGCUGUCGCCGAGAAUGCAGAAACCAGCAGCUCUCAGACUUCAUCUAAAAAAACAAAAAAGAAGAAAAGACAGUCUGAAGCAGCUGACCACAAUACUCCAUCCGCUGGCAACGCUCUCUCGGAUACUAAAGUCAAGAAAAAGAAAAAGGCCAGCGAGCCUGCUGAAGCUCUCUGUCAAGAUGCCAACCUUAAAACUGCUGAUGCCCACCUGACGUCUGACCGAUCUGAAACGCCGUCAAAGAAAGCAAAGAAGUCGUCGUCGAAAAGUGUUGUUGUGGAGCUUGUUCCCUGCGAGACUAAAAAGUUUAAAACGAAAAAAACUAAAGAUCCUGCUGAUCUUGACACAGCAACAUCUGAGACAGCCGAUGUUCUCCAAGAAUCUUCCAACACUGACCCUCCGUCUAAAAAACAGAAACCUAACAAAAGUGAAAGCCUUGCAGAAGAUUCUGAAACUCCAUCCAAGAAAGUCAAGAAAGCCAAGAACGUUAUCGCAGAGCCUGAUCAGUUGGAAACCCCCUUUAAGAAGGUAAAAAUAGUCUCGGCAGAUGCAAACCCCACAAAAGGCUCUUCGAAAAAAAGAAGUGAUGAUUUGGAAACGAAGCGUGAGGUUUUGUCAGAAACGGAACUUAUAAAGUCGCCAACCAAGAGUAGGAAAUCUCAAGUCAAGCCUGGAGAGGACGCUGAUGGGAUGAGUAAUGAGGAAGCCUCCAGUCAAGAUCUAAGAACGCCAUCCAAAAAGAGAAAACUCAAAAGGGAAGAAGCGAAUGACGUCAUCGCGGCACCCGAGGAGGCCACACCUGAGCCCAAGAAAACCAAGAAGAAGAAAAAGGAGGCUGAAGAUGUUGCAGAGGACGUUCAACAACCAUCAGAUGAAGCACCGGAUACUGUAGCAUCCAGCCAGAAGAAAAAAAAGAAGAAAAGAGAAAAAGAAACUGAGAGCGAGGAGACGGUACCUGAUGAGUCUGUCGCUGCUUACCAGGUGAUCGUUCAAAAGAAGAAAAAGAAGUCUUCCACAAAGAAACGCCUCAGUCAGAAUGAAGUUCCAGAACUCGACGACACAGAUCAGUAACACAUCAGAGCUGGAAACAACAGUUCUUCAUCUCAAAGCUUCAGUAAUGAUUUAAUAUGAAUUCAUGAUUUCGUCCCUGCUGUGAGGAUUAUGUGUGUGUUUAUAUCUGUGGGUGUAUGUUUUAUAUUUUUAUGAAAAAAGUUUACAAAUUUGUAGUAUUAUUUUUUGUUAUUGUUGAGUUGUUUUUAUAUUUUUAUAACUGGUCUGUAAAUGUAAAAAAAUGAUGGAUUUGUAUUAUUUUUUAAAUUUUUAUAGAACAGUAUCAUCGGAGAGAUGAUGGAGAACUACUAGUUAUUUGAUUUUGGUCAUCCAGAAUUUUUCAUUUUUAGAUGUAUUUAAAAAGAAUAAUGUACCGUUGGGUAAGAUCAAGCUCUGAAUACUAGAAAUAUGUCAUAUUGUGACAUCUGUAUUAAAAAGAAAACAGUUGUGACAAUAAAAACAAGCAUGU